CACCGGGGGAGUGCUUCAGUCAGAGACAACGAUAACGAGGAUAUGAUGUGUAACAGUCAAAGAAACGCGUGCACGGCACCAGGGUUGGUGAUAUCGGAGUGACAGAUCAGAUCUUCUCUGCGGCAUACAGUUCGCGUAGUUUGCUGGAGGAGCUUCAAGUUUUAGGUGAUGAGGGAGAGCCUUGAAGACAUUAUUCUGUUGGAGGCAAGUUCACACUCGCGGUGCAAACGAUCAAGAUGGGUGUUUGCUGGGCGUUCAUGAUCCUCCUGGGCUGCAGGUUAUCUCGUGUAAGUCAGUCUCAGAGCACGUGCCCCUGCCCUGAGCAGCUGAAAACUGUCUGUGUACCUGGCAGAGACAAAGUACGUGUGCCGUGCCCUAAUGGGACCGCUGACGUGAUGAUAUUUAACCUCCUCAGGGACCAAGAAGUGAUUGCCAACCUCACGUGCCACCGUGAAAACAAUACAUUGAAAUGUACAAAUCCACACACCUGGGUGGACACCAAAGUCGAGGAAAACAAUCAGCAUACAUUGGUCAGUUUCAUCCUCACUGGCCUGAGUAACAGUAGCCAUGAAACCUACGCAUGUGAGGGCAUCUUCAUAUACCCUCCUCCCCUCAGAAGACUACCAAGUGCUGUGAGGAUCCAGGUACUUGAAGAAGGACAACUUUGCAAAUGCAAUAAAAACAGCAAUAUCCAUGGUGAUAACCCAAGGUGUGGAUUUACGUGGAUUUGGAUUCUGGUGUUUGUACUUCUCAGCAUCUACAGCGUAAUUUCCACCGUCAUCGCCCUUGUCAACUGGGUCAAGUUGAGGAAGACAGAUUCCCAGAGUGAUUAUAUGAACACCAAACCCCGAGCACCAAGGGACCGCAAGAAGAAAAAAGGGGUUCAGAAUCCUAUGCCACGAUACUUCUGAUUUCUCAAGCAUCAUCUGACCAUUUGCACAGCUAUCCCCACUAAUUUCGGAAGAAACAGAAGUAUUGUCCUCGUAGUAGCUUACUCUGAACAGAACUUUAUUGCGACCGAUGUUUUGUGAGAAUUAGUUUUGUUAAGUUCAUGUAGUUAUUGUUUUGUGUCUACACAGCAAAAGUAGCAGUUCCUUUUACAGUUAUGGCUGUAUAAAACAGUAAUAAAAAAA